AUGAGAGCAUCCAGCAACUCCGAGGGAACAGAAGUGAAUUACCUGAGAGGCGACCAAGCAAAGCUCUGAGGAUGUCUGAUGUUCCGUGCACGUGUAACCAGGGCGGCUCAUGCAGCUGCGGAGACAGCUGCAAGUGCAAAAACUGCAAAUGCACAUCGUGUAGGAAGAGCUGCUGCGCCUGUUGCCCUGUCGGCUGCAGUAAGUGUGCCCAGGGCUGCGUCUGCAAAGGAGCCAGUGACAAGUGCAGCUGCUGUCAGUGAACAUCGUCACCCGGGACCAACCGGCACGUCCUGCUGUGCAAUGUGGGCUUUGUACAAUAAUCCUUUUGUACGAUUACUCAUUGAGGGGAGGUUUAUAAUCAUUAAUGUUCAUGAUUUUGUUUUGUACUUUGUUUUGGAUGUAUUGAAUUGCAUCUGAUUAAAAUACUACGUUUGGAAAAGAAAA